UCUAACAACGGACAAAGCAGAUAUUGUUGGUUUAAUAAACGUUUGUUUAUUCGUAUCAUUAUUUACUAAAAAUAAAUGUUAAUUUCUGAUAAAAGCAACAUUUAUCUUAAAUAAACAACAUCGGCCUGGUCAUUUCAGAAAGGUACUGAUACUCAACGAUAUUGGAUAUUCAUGUUUUAGACUUUAUAAUAAUCUUAUUGAUGUUCUGUCUACUGCUAUUAAGGGAAAUGAUUGGAUUGCUGCUACUGGUUUCACUCCCGGCUGUAUUCAGUUUAUGUGGAGAAUGUAACUAUAGUUCUCCUAUUUUUAAAUGUCAAGGGAUAGGCCAAGAUGAUCUCCUCAUGAAACUAUUUCGCAAGAAAGAUGUAAUGUUUAAUUUACAUGAAAUUUUCAUUGAAGAUUCUGAUUUUUCCAGUAUACGACCGUUUGUAGAUUUUUCAUAUGAUUUAUCUCCAGCAGAGGUUCAAAUUAAAUAUUUAACUAUUCAGAGAUCUAAAGUAGAUGCUGUCAGUAGCGAUACAUUUGGGGUAUUUAAAGAUCUGAAUAAACUAAACUUACGCCAAAAUGAUAUCACAAAUCUAGCAUGGUUGACUGGUCUAUCAUAUACCAAUUAUUUUAAUCUAGAUUUAAGUUAUAACAAAAUUUCUGAACUUGAUUUUAAUUCUUUGAAACAAAUGUCAUCAAUUUGGUUAAAUAAUAAUGAAAUUUCCAUAGUAAAACCAGCUUCUGACUAUAUAAGCUUUGAUUUUGUAGAUUUGCGUUAUAAUAAAUUAGUGACUUUCUCAGAAUUUGAGUACAACAUAAAUAUACAAUAUUUAGAUUUAAGUUACAAUUAUCUACAAAUGCUGUCAUUACAAAAUAAGAAGAAGCUGUUAAAAAUUGAAGGUCAUGGGAACAGUAAUAUUUCGUAUAUUGGUACUAGCUACUUUUACAGUGUUUAUAAUUUUUAUUCCAGUUUUAUACCUAAUAAUUCUUUAGACAUAGGAAACAUAUUUAAGUUUAACUGCAUCGAUACAGAUUUUCUAGUUUUGGAUAGUAAUAAAAUACCCAAUAUACGCUCACAUAUUUUUGAUUUUUCGAACAAUAACUUAAGCAAUAUUCCUCAAAAUUAUUUUCAAUAUGUCCAAGCUUCUAUACUUAAUCUGAGCUUCAACAAUUUUCUUGUAUUAUCCAAUAAAGUGUUUGGAGCAAACUCAGCCAUUACUACUAUUGAUCUAUCUUUUUCUAAUAUAAAAAAAAUAAGUAACACAUUUUUCAUAAAUUGUUGUUCUUCCAGUUCCAGUUACUAUUCCGUCUUCGUAAAUCUAAGUGGUAAUGCCCUUGAGGAAAUAGAUGGAAUUUGUACAAGGAUACCACAACUCAAGCAUCUAGAUCUUUCUUCUAAUAGAAUUACAAAUAUAUCUCAAAUAUCACUAUUGAAUUGUACAUAUUUAUCUUUCUUUAAUAUUUCCAACAAUUUUAUAAGCCAUAUUCCUCCAGAUACUUUUCAAGGCCAGGUAUUUAUAAAAACCAUUGACAUUAGUGAAAAUAAUUUAUUGUUUAUCUAUGAGUCAACUUUUAGUAAUCUUAAAAGGGUUCUAAAAAAUAUUUUUCUUAGAAAAAACAACAUAUUGACUCUUGGUAGCAGCACUUUUGAUGAUUUUGAUUAUUUACAAAAUAUUGACCUAUCAGACAAUAAAAUAAGGAAGAUUGAACAGUACGCUUUUUCGAAUUUGAAAUCUAUUUUUCUUAUUAUCUCCAAUUCUGCCUUAAAUACAAUAGAAAAUAAUACUUUUACUGGACUUUCGAAACUAAAAAAAUUACACUUGCAAGGAAACAAAUUGACCGUUGUUAACUUAACAGCAAUCACUAAUGGUUUACCAGAUUUGCUUACACUUAGUCUUAGUUCGUCUUCUAUAAAAAACGUCCAUACCUCAAAACUGGGAAGUCCGAAUAAUGUUAAAUAUUUAGACCUAUCAAAGAAUUUUAUUGAAAAACUUGAUACACAAACAUUUAGGUUAUUUCAAAAUUUAGUUGAAUUGCAUCUUCAUAGCAACCUACUAUCAGUAAUUGAGUACCAAACUUUCUUUUGCACAAAAAAUCUUAAAACACUGAGGCUAGACAACAAUAAAAUCUCUACUGUACCAAUUGGUGGAUUUGCUGGAUUAGAGAACUUAAGGUUUCUUAAUAUAUCUGAUAAUGUUAAUUUGUUUUAUUAUUCUUUUGAGCUAUCAUUUCAAACUCUUAAAAAAUUAGAAAUCUUGUACAUAGAUAAUACGUAUUCAAGACUUUUGCUUGAUUUUAAAAACUUUACUAAAUCAUUUCCUUAUGUAAAAAAAAUUGGUAUUAAUGAUAAUCCUUUCAAUUGCGAAAAUCUGUUAAAUACAUUAGAAUAUCUUAAUUCUAACGGCAUUGACUAUACGCCAUAUAAUCCAAAGUUUGAUAGGAAUAAUUUUAAUGGUGUAACAUGCAUCCUGGCCGCUGAACCUAGCAAGGGAAAGCCCAUGCUCGGAUCCGAGAAAACACGAGCAAAUAUCCACAGGUCUCGUGAAGUUUACGAUGGUUACUUGCUAGAGUUAAAUCGAAACAAUUUUAAAAAUAAUUACAGCAUUAUGUAACAUCAUUUUAAAGAAAAUAUACAUAUGUAAUAAUGAAUGAAUGAAUGAUAAAUAAUAUUUGACUUUAUUAAAAUAUGUUAACUUUAGAA